AUGCAAGCCUUUUUGAAGACAGGAAAGUUAUCAGUUACCGACAAGCCAUCUACUUCUGGCACAAAAACAACUAAAAAGAAACCACCGGCACCAUGGGUUGAAAAAUACCGACCGAAAACAAUUGAUGAUAUUGUUGAUCAGGGUGAAGUUGUGCAAGUUUUGAGAGAAUGCUUGUCGGGAGGAGAUUUACCACAUUUAUUAUUCUAUGGGCCACCAGGAACUGGUAAAACAAGUGCCAUUCUUGCUGCUGCGAGACAACUCUUUGGAGAUAUAACACGCGAUCGGGUGCUUGAACUUAAUGCUUCUGAUGAACGUGGGAUACAAGUAAUUAGAGACAAAGUCAAGUCAUUUGCUCAACUUACUGUGAGCAACACAAGGCCAGAUGGCAGACCAUGUCCUCCAUACAAGUUAGUUAUCCUGGAUGAAGCAGAUUCUAUGACGACAGCUGCGCAGGCGGCGCUUCGGCGUACAAUGGAACGAGAAACUCGCACUACACGGUUUUGCCUUAUCUGCAACUAUGUGUCUAGAAUCAUACCACCAAUUACAAGCAGAUGUUCCAAAUUUAGAUUUAAACCGCUUGCAAAAGAAAAUGUAAUUAAAAGGCUACAAGAAGUUUGUGUAGCUGAAGGAGUGGAUGUUGGAGAUGGUGAAGUAUUACAUCAAGCAGUCCAUACUUGCGAUGGAGAUUUGCGACGCGCGCUCACUGCUCUACAGUGUUGUCAGCGCUUAUUAGGCAAAGUCACAGCCGAUGGACUAAUAGAGGUGACAGGUUUGGUUCCAGAGAAACUGGUUGACGAAUAUUUGAAGGUUAAGAACUAUAAUGAAUUAGAACAGUUUGUUGCAAAAUUCUUAAUGGACGCGUACUCAGCUUCGCAACUUCUGGAGCAACUGAGCGCGACAGUAGUCAAUGCGGGGCAUUUGACCAACAAGCAGAAAUGCGACAUCAGUGAGAAAGUUGCUGUUUGCUCUCAUCGGCUGCUCGACGGCGGUUCUGAGUUCAUGCAACUUACUGAUCUAGGGUGUACGAUAAUUAUGGCCAAUAACAACCCUUGA